GAUGACCGGGCUGCAAUGCCACCUAUCCCAACCCCAGCACUAUCUUGUCCUACCCUCCCUCCCACUUUCUCUCUCUCUCUCUCUUAAUCCAGCUUUCACACACCUGCACUCCUCUUCUUGAUGUCUAAGAACUAGUGAGACACAAAACUCUCUUACCUCACUGUCCCCCCCCCCCCCACCUCUCCUGCCCUCACUGGUCUUGUCAUCCUUUCUCCUCCUCCACCUCGCUGUAAGGAAUAGGAGUACCUGUGAGUCAAAACACUGCUGCAGGGGCGACUGAAUACAGUUUUGGAUCUGCUGUAACUCCACAAAUAAUGACUGGCAACCACCGAGCUGCCCCAGCUGCACUGGGCAUCCCUACUACCACAGCUCACAUGCCAAGUGCAACACCCACCCCAGACCAAAAACAAUCUGGAGGCCACAAUCCAAAGAAAUUCAUGAGUGAACUACGCAGCGUCCACAUGCCAUCAUGGGCUGUUGCUGCCCUCUGCAUUGUGAGUUUGAGCUUGGUGCUGACAUGUGCCGUGUGUGUGUGGAAGAAGUGCUUGAAAAAGAAGGACAAGGACAAAGAAAAGGACAAGAAACAUGGAAAAGAGAAGAACAAGGGAGACUUUGACACGGAAAUGAACGCAGGUUAUACCAAGCCACCGAAAAAAGAUGAAGGCGACAAAGAAACAGAGCUGUCAGAUAACGAGCCCAAGGAGCAGGAGAAGCUGGGCCGGCUGCAUUUCACAUUAGACUACAACUUCACAGAUAAUACGCUGGUAGUAGGCAUCCUGCAGGGUGCUGAACUUCCUGCGAUGGAUGUGGGAGGUAGUUCUGACCCUUAUGUUAAACUUGUUCUGCUCCCGGACAAAAAGAAAAAGUUUGAAACCAAAGUCCACCGGAAGACCCUCAAUCCUGACUUCAAUGAGACCUUCACCUUUAAGGUACCGUACACAGAGCUGGGUGGUAAGACACUGGUGAUGACUAUGUAUGACUUUGACCGUUUCUCUAAACACGAUGCCAUUGGUGCUGUGAAGAUACCGAUGAGCAGUGUGGACUUCAGCCAGUCUCUGCAGGAGUGGAGGGAUCUGCAGAAGGCAGAGAAGGAGGAGAGCGAAAAGCUUGGAGACAUAUGUUUGUCCUUGAGGUAUGUGCCUACUGCAGGGAAGCUGACGGUGGUGAUACUGGAGGCCAAAAACCUGAAGAAAAUGGAUGUGGGUGGAUUAUCAGACCCUUAUGUGAAGAUCCACUUAAUGCAAAAUGGGAAAAGGCUCAAGAAAAAGAAAACAACGAUAAAGAAGAACACAUUGAACCCUUACUACAAUGAGUCAUUCAGCUUUGAAGUGCCAUGUGAACAGAUAGAGAAGGUGCAGGUGGCAGUGACUGUGCUGGACUAUGAUAAGAUUGGGAAGAAUGACGCUAUUGGGAAGGUGCUGCUGGGCUGUAACAGCACUGGGACUGAGCAAUGCCACUGGUCUGACAUGCUGGCUAACCCCCGAAGGCCAAUAGCUCAGUGGCAUAACCUAAAAUCAGUUGAUGAAGUCAACACGCAAAUUUCCAACAAGAAAUGAAUCCGUGACCUCUGGGGAGCUAUGAAACCUUGCAGCAUUUACCUCAGCUACUUCCAAUUUAUGUUCCUACCUCUCCUCUAAUUUCCCCUAAAAACCCUUUAAGCUACUUAACUAAGUAAAUCUACCCAAUAACACCCUGUUUUACCCUUGACACUAUUAGAGUCACUCUUACGGACUUUAAGCCUUCAUCCUUCAGUAAUUCUCCCCCUCCCCCUCUGCUUCUGCCUAAACUGCUACAAAGAGUUUUAAUCAGAGAUGUAUCACUAUGUA